GCCGCGGAGUCGAACCUGAAUGAAAGUGGCGCGCUGCUGAGGACCCGGCGGAGCUGCUGGCGUUGGGGUCCGGGUCCACCGGCUACCGAGCGGUUGGCGAGGCGGCGGCGUUCGGUGCAGACAUGGCUUACAACAAGAUCCCGCCGCGCUGGCUGAACUGUCCGCGGCGCGGCCAGCCGGUGGCAGGAAGAUUCUUACCUCUGAAGACGAUGCUGGGGCCAAGAUAUGAUAGUCAAGUUGCUGAAGAAAAUCGGUUUCAUCCCAGUAUGCUCUCAAAUUAUCUAAAGAGUCUGAAGGUUAAAAUGAGCUUGUUGGUGGAUUUGACAAAUACUUCAAGGUUCUAUGACAGAAAUGACAUAGAAAAAGAAGGAAUCAAUUAUGUCAAACUUCAAUGUAAAGGACAUGGUGAAUGUCCCACUACUGAGAAUACUGAGACAUUCAUUCGCCUGUGUGAGAGGUUUAAUGAAAGAAGCCCACCUGAACUUAUAGGUGUUCACUGUACCCAUGGCUUCAACCGGACCGGUUUCCUUAUAUGUGCCUUUUUGGUGGAGAAGAUGGAUUGGAGCAUUGAAGCAGCAGUUGCUACGUUUGCCCAAGCCAGACCACCAGGAAUCUAUAAGGGUGAUUAUUUGAAGGAACUUUUUCGUCGCUAUGGUGAUAUAGAAGAAGCCCCACCACCACCUGUAUUGCCAGAUUGGUGUUUUGAGGAUGAUGAUGAAGAAGAUGAUGAUGAAGAUGGAAAAAAGGACUCAGAACCAGGGUCAAGUGCUUCCUUUGGUAAAAGGAGAAAAGAACGAUUAAAACUGGGUGCUAUUUUCUUGGAAGGCAUAACUGUUAAAGGUGUAACUCAAGUAACAACUCAACCAAAGUUAGGAGAGGUACAGCAGAAAUGUCAUCAGUUCUGUGGCUGGGAAGGGUCUGGGUUCCCUGGAGCACAGCCUGUUUCCAUGGACAAGCAAAAUAUUAGACUUUUAGAGCAGAAGCCUUAUAAAGUAAGCUGGAAAGCAGAUGGUACUCGUUACAUGAUGUUGAUUGAUGGGACAAAUGAAGUUUUUAUGAUUGACAGAGAUAAUUCAGUAUUUCAUGUUUCAAAUCUGGAAUUUCCAUUUCGUAAAGAUCUCCGCAUGCAUUUAUCAAAUACCCUUUUGGAUGGAGAAAUGAUCAUUGAUAAGGUAAAUGGACAGGCUGUUCCAAGAUAUUUGAUAUAUGACAUAAUUAAAUUCAACGCACAACCAGUUGGAGAUUGUGAUUUUAAUAUUCGUCUACAAUGUAUUGAACGUGAGAUUAUAAGUCCACGACAUGAAAAAAUGAAGACUGGGCUCAUUGACAAAACACAGGAACCAUUUAGUGUGAGACCUAAACAAUUUUUUGACAUCCAUAUCUCAAGAAAGCUCCUGGAAGGAAAUUUUGCCAAAGUCGUCAGCCAUGAAAUGGAUGGACUUAUUUUUCAGCCCAUUGGAAAAUACAAACCUGGUCGAUGUGAUGACAUUUUGAAAUGGAAACCUCCCAGUCUAAAUUCUGUGGAUUUUCGACUUAAGAUAACAAGAAUGGGAGGAGAAGGGUUACUUCCACAGAAUAUUGGCCUUCUCUAUGUUGGAGGUUAUGAAAGACCCUUUGCACAAAUCAAGGUGACAAAAGAACUAAAACAGUAUGACAACAAAAUUAUAGAAUGCAAAUUUGAGAACAACAGCUGGGUCUUCAUGAGACAGAGAAUAGACAAAAGUUUCCCAAAUGCCUACAACACAGCCAUGGCUGUGUGCAACAGCAUCUCGAACCCUGUCACCAAGGAGAUGCUGUUCGAGUUCAUUGACAGAUGUGCAGCGGCUGCCCAGGGACAGAAGCGAAAGUUCCCCCUGGACCCCGACACGGAGCUCAUGCCACCCCCACCACCCAAGAGGCUGCACCGGCCAACCUAGUCCCUGCCUCUACCUCUCGGUCAAGAGGAAAGCAGGGUGAGAAGAAUGCUGUUGCCUCGUGUUCUCAGCCAGAGACAUUAAAGAGACAAGUGUGGCUUAGAACUGACUGGCUGGCACGUGUGUUUUAAGGGAAGACAUGUAGUCAGCCUGUAUAUAUUUGGUUUCUCAGAACUACAGUACAUCAUGGACCUAAAUAUUUUAUUUAUACUGAUAAAUUCAGCCUUACCUUAUGGAGUCAGCAGAUUGAAAUAUCCAAAGGUUUAAAUCAGAUUGAAGUCAAUGAAAUAGAGGCCUUGUUUGUAUGUGAAUAGAUAACUUUACAUUUUGUUCAUAACUAGCAAUCUGAAACUGUGAGUACAUUGAGUUUUUUAGAAGUUGGAUUUUAAGUUUUCCUCUUAAAAUGUAGCAGAGGCACUAUAAAUUCUCACUAUCACUUAUCAUGGAUUUCCUUUUUUCUGAAUUUUCUAUAUUCUGAACAAUGACAAGGUCAAGUAUUAUGCACAUUAAACAGUUUGGUCUGGCUAUACCAUUUUAAGAAGGUUUUUGUUUGUUUUUAUUUUUUUGUGAGGGUGGGAUAUAAAAGUAAAACAAUAACUUAGCUCUGUCCUUUCUGUGAGUCAGAUCCUUUCUCUAGAAACUGCUGUGAGUAUUUGAGCACUUCUCAUGUUUGAGCCACAGUGUCAGGCGUCUGCUGUCCCAUCCUGGCAGUGGUUUUGAGUUUCUCUGAGGCACUUACGUAAGAACCCAGGUCCUUCGUGUACUGCUGCCCUGGGAGCAUGGCUUCUGUCAGACGCCAGGGCUCCUACUUUACCUCCGAGGGAUUGUCACCCCCACUCACCGUGGUCCCUGGGAGCGGUGUCAGACACAAGCGGGGUUGUGCUGUGUUCCUCACACAGUGCACCGGAAGCAACAGCAGCUUACUCCCUUGGUUAGAAGGUAAUGUCAACUGAACCAGGUGUUGUCUCUAUGAAUUGCUGUCCACCCACUGGACAGUGAGGGCACAUCAGGGACUGAACAUAGAGGAGGUGAAAACCUACCCGCACUGCUACAGCUGCACCUAUGUUGGGAGACAAUGUUUCAGUGAUGGGGCUGCAUUUCCCUGUUUACUAUAGAAAGUAGCUUUAAAGGGCAGCUAAUGUUCCUGCCGUUGUAAAAAAAAAAAAAAGUCUGAUCGGCUUGUGGGGGAACUCAGAAUUAGCUACUAGCAAGCAGCUUAAUGUAUUUAUUUUUAGAGACACAGGUUUUAAGUAUGUAUUUAAAACAAAUUUUCAAGAUCUGAAUUUUAUAUAUGUAUAAGCAUAUAUGUAAGUAUAUGCCAGUGUAUAUUCUUGUACUGAUACAACCAGAAGUGAAAACCCAAAUGUGUUACCUAGCAGACUGAGUAUCUGAUGGAAUUUUUAUUUGGCAUAGCACAGAUUAACCAAAAUUGUAUUUGUGUGAAUCUGAGUUUUAAUGUUUUUAAACAAACUUUACUUCUGCAGUGCUUUUCUAUUGGAAUUCUAGGACUUUGUUAGGGCUUAUGCCUCUGUUGUUCCUACGUUGUGUAAUGUGUUAGCAAAUAUAUUCAAAACACUGUUUCAGGUUUGGUUUUGGUUUUUCUUUUCCUAGAUUGCUUGUAUGUUUGGGCACGGGAGGAAUCUAAACACCUGGCUGCUACAGGAUCGUUGCAGGGGAAUUGUCCGGGUUCCUUCUGUCUUUUCCAUGGUGGGUCCACAGCUGCCUGUAAACUGCAGACAAUCUAGUGCCAGCUCCCCUGGGCCAGCGACUCCCGCCACCCUCUGCUCCCAAGCUGGUGCAAAAGCAGGCCCCUUGCAGAUACAGUAGCAAGCUUUUGCCAGCGAUCUCUGAUAGCAUUCAACUGUUUACGGUGACUUCACCCUUUUAAAUGACUUCUGUGAAAAGAGCAUUGUAUAGGACUUACUUUUCAGCUCAUCCUUUCCUUUCAAUUAUGGUGACAUUAUAACCACUGCUCUUAAAAGCAGAUCCUGUGUAGUUCCCCAAACACAGCCUCCUGAAGUAUUUUAACAGUCAUCUAGGUUGCUAGGUGAAAGGCAGGAUUUGGACAUCUUGAAGGAAACCUUCCCUUCUCGGCUCAUGUUACAGCUGUUUUCUUUAGGUGAUGUUUUCUGUACAAGAAUAAGAAGACUGUUUUCCUGAGUUAUCGCAUGUAAAGGCUUGCUUUCUGUUUGGAAAAAAAUAUCGGUGACUACUGCCUAGAUGGUUACUUUGCUUUCCAUGAAAUGCUCAGAAAUGCCAGAACAUUCCUUCUCUAAUUGUGUGUCAGUGUAUAUUGUAAUAAACUACUGAUAUAAGAUAA